AAAAUAUCCAAAUUUUGAUCAGUUUAUUCUGAAUAAGGUGUAACUCUCUGAUAAGGAAAGAGGAACAUUUCUGUGGAUAAGACCUCACAUAUUUAUCCCUUCACAUUAAAAGUCUAACAUUUCCAUUACUAUAAACUAAUAGGAAACAUUGAAAUCUUUUUCCAAAAAGGAUAGGUUUAUACAGAAAAUACCAACCAUUUAAAUAUUCAGAUAAGAUUAUGAACAACAAAGAAUUAAGUUUUAUUUUAAAGGAAUAAAGGCUAUUGUGAGUGAUAUGCUUGGAAAUGCUAAACAGCUCUUCAAAAUGGGAAGGGAAUUUAUGAUUUGUAGGUUUUGCUGAUUUUUGUACUGUAAAUACUCCCACUGUGACUGAUUUCAGGUUAUUAACAUGAUAUCACUGAACACAGAGUUGGGAAGAUAGAAGCCAGCUGCAACUAUGCUAGCCAUAGCCAAACCUGGAUUAAUACUCUAAAAGAGUAUUAUUUUAUCACAAAGUACUUUUCAGUACAGCUGUAAACUCAUUAAUCACUUGAGUUUAUUUUCCAAAAAUAUAUGAAAACUCAUUUAGUUUUCUUAUAGUUCUAGAAAAUGUGUAUGAGUUUUAUUUUAUCACUAGCCUAACAUGAGCAGUGAUCUAAUGAACUAAAAUAGUAAUAAUAAAAUAACAUUUAAACAGACUUGUAAUUAAAAAAAUAAUAAAAUUUGAAUUUUUUCUGCUAUAAAAUGCAUACUUCUAACAUGGUUGAUCUGAUUUUGAAAGUUGCACAUGAUCACUGGAAACCAUAACAUUUAUUGAAUCUAUCAAACCAGAGAAGAGAAAAAUAAUACUUUUCUUUCCUAAUGUUAUUUCUAAAGGCUGCUUUAUUGUUUUAAAGUAUAGAAUGUAUCAUUUGUAAAAUAAAAUCUUUAUACAUGCAGAAAACCACUUCAUCAGAAAAUACACAUCAGAAGCAUUUCUAAAUUGAAAUGUCAUCAUCUUAAGACAUACUACAUGCCAUUUUAAAAAUAGUAUUUGAAAUAAUGAGGGGAAGAGUGAGGAAAUAAAAACUGUAAUUACAAUCUAAAAUUUUAUUAGAGGUUCAGUAUUAGAGAUUUGAGUACCAAGAGAAUUGAAACUCUAUAAAGAUUAUUUAGUGAUUGGUAUGAAGCACCAGAGCAGGUUGGCUUUGUUUUUUUGGUAUAAUUUUCCAAAUAGGUUAUCAUUUAAAGAAAGUAUUUUAUCAGUUUUUUUAAUGUAAAAAUAUCUCAUUUCAGCCUUCUGCCAAACAUGUAAAAUAUCAUGUGUAUUCACAGCAAGUGAGUUCCUGGCCAAUUAAACCUACAGAGAACAUACCAUCCAAAAAAAAUUGUUAGUCCUUCUUUCCAGAGAAAAGUUACAUUGAAGGGGAAGUUUUGCAGCCAGAACCCAAAAUCUUGUUUUAUCUGAAAAAAUCAUUUUCUUGCCAAAGUAAAGUUAUUUUACUUGCUAGUAAGAAAAAAUCAUGAUAGAUAAAAAAGAAAAAAAAGAAAUAGACCUUUAGAGAAUUCAUAUCUCAACUAUAGAUUUUAUACUGGAUCUCUCUCUAGGUAUUGAUGAGAAGCAGCAAGAUGCUUGACAUUCUGUGGAGGCUUAUUCGUGGGAAUUUUUGACACAUUCCACUAAUGUUCUCGUGGCCAUUAAGAGGUAUGAAAGAUGCCGCCGAGCUUCUGGGCCACCGGGAGGCGGUGAAGUGUAGGCUGGGCGUGGGAGGCUCCGAUCCUGGGGGCCAUCCGGCAGACCUAGCGCCCAACUCCGACCCAGUCGAGGGAGCCACUCUGCUGCCCGGGGAGGACAUCACCACAGUGGGCUCUACGCCGGCCUCGCUGGCGGUGAGCGCAAAGGACCCGGACAAGCAGCCGGGGCCUCAAGGCGGCCCGAACCCCAGCCAAGCCGGCCAGCAGCAGGGCCAACAGAAGCAGAAGCGCCACCGGACGCGCUUCACCCCGGCGCAGCUCAACGAGUUGGAGAGGAGCUUCGCUAAGACUCACUACCCCGACAUCUUCAUGCGCGAGGAACUGGCGCUGCGUAUCGGGCUGACAGAGUCCCGAGUGCAGGUCUGGUUUCAGAACCGGCGCGCUAAGUGGAAGAAGCGCAAGAAGACCACGAAUGUGUUCCGUGCACCGGGAACUCUGCUGCCCACUCCAGGCCUGCCUCAGUUCCCAUCAGCCGCCGCCGCCGCCGCCGCCGCAAUGGGCGACAGCCUGUGCUCUUUCCACGCCAACGACACCCGCUGGGCGGCGGCCGCCAUGCCGGGUGUGUCGCAGCUGCCAUUACCGCCGGCUCUGGGCAGGCAGCAAGCCAUGGCUCAGUCGCUGUCCCAGUGCAGCCUGGCGGCCGGGCCGCCGCCCAACUCCAUGGGCCUGUCCAACAGCCUGGCGGGCUCCAACGGCGCGGGGCUGCAGUCGCACCUCUACCAGCCCGCUUUCCCCGGCAUGGUGCCCGCUUCCCUUCCCGGCCCAAGCAACGUCUCUGGGUCGCCCCAGCUUUGCAGCUCCCCGGACAGCAGCGACGUGUGGCGGGGCACAAGCAUCGCCUCCCUCCGCCGCAAGGCUCUAGAGCACACAGUCUCCAUGAGCUUCACUUAAUGCAGCCGCGCCCAGCCCGCUCUGUCCCCGGCACCGCCCCAAGGGCCGGCGCGAGGCCCCUCCGGCGCGCGUCAGGGUCCCCACUCCCGGCCCGGCACCCUGCCCCAUCCCGGCCCGGUCUCUGCCACGUCUCGUUGUGUUCUUCCCUCUUCCCUCCACUCGCUCGGGCUCACGCCAGGUCUCAGCCCGCGAGGCCUCCCCUCCGCCUGAUUUCGCUCGCCCCGGUCUCCUGCCCCCCCCCCCAAACCCCUCUUUCCGUCUCACCCAGCUCCUCCCUGGUCCCCACCUCCAGCGCCUCACCCCACCCUUUCUCGCUAUCCCUGGGCCUCCGCUGCCCUAAUCGAGCUCGCGCCCUCUUCCCGGCCUCUGACCGGUGGCAUUCCCUCCCACACCUCCAACGCAACGCCUCUCACCCCUUAGCCCGCCGCUUCCCCUCCAGUUCCUUCUGGCCCCGCACCUCACGCCCCUCCUCCUGCGCCCUGCAAAAAGCAUUCUUCCCGCCAUUUUACUUACCAGGGAGUCGACUCAGGAUCUGAAAUCAGACACCAAUGGACUGGUUUGUGGGCAGAAACACACACACACUUGCACUCUCGCUCACUCUCAGACACUACACACACGCGCACACACAUACAGUGUACCUAAGUCAAACACAGACGUGUUCAAGGGACAGCACAAUGUUAGGGAUUUUUGUCUUAAAGGAGGACAAGCAUCUGCUACCAACCGUCUCUUCUGAGGGCCCAACUAAUAUUAUUUGAUUUAUCCUUGUAUUUUUUUCUCCGAACUGCUCUCUUUCUCUCCUCUCCCACCAUCCUACCCUUGCCCCGUCCACCAGUCACGUCCAUGCAGCCCUCUAUUGGCUUGCAAAAUAAUGCUUUUACUUUAUCUUACUCUUAUUUUAAGCACAACUGUGUAAGGGUAUUUAAGGGAAGACUUCUCAGGAGGAACAUGCCAGUGGAUAGGGUGGGCUGGAGCAGACUAAAGCAGUCGUGUGAUGAAGAGGUAUCUUACCCAUUUUGAUAAGUCUUUAUAAGGAAGAAUAAAUGUAAGAAAAAUUUCCUUUUGUAAAAGCAAAAGCCACAUCUUUUUCUGGAUCCUUCAGGACUGGGGUUUGUUUGCUUCCUUUUCCGUUUCUCUCUCCUAGCUGCUCUGUGCCCUUGGUUGUUUUGUGGUCGUCCUGUCGUCUCUCGUGCCCCCCGGCCACCGCCCGGUCCCCUGCUGGCCUCCGGUGGGUGCACUAGGACAUCUACAACCCUGCAACUUUGUACAGAGAAACACAAUCAGCUCUUUCUGCAUGUGCUGGUCAAAUACAAACCCAGAGAACAGAAACGCUUUCGAAGAAUAAACAAACAUGUGAAAUAGGAUGUUUUGUGUAGAUAAAGAAUUCUUGUUAAAUACUGGUCAAUUUGUGAUAUGUUUUAACUUAUUGUCUGUGCUUAUUUAUGGAAUUUGGUUUUCUUAAUAAAUGUUUGAGCUAAUAUAAAGGAUAUUAUUUGACUUUUCCGGACAAGUUUAUA